AUGGAGGUGAGCUCCCCAUGCUUCCUCCAGCCGGCAGUGCUUCCCAAGCCUGCCAGGACAGGGCGCGAGGGCCGCCGACAAGCUCCUCUUUCAGCCCCUGGGGCAGGUGCUCCGGCCCUGGGGGCCUCGGCCAUCCUGGCUCUGGCCGCACUUCAGCGCAAGAAGUCCGGUGCUGGACGUUCUGCACGGAGCAAGGCUGUCGCGGUUCAGGCGACGGAUGCGGCGGUCGAUGUCGACGCAUGGAGGCGGGGAUUUCGGGAAGCCGAUGAGCUGGAAGACGGGUUCUACUUCCUGGAUGACGUCCAAGGUCUUCCCAAAGACCUUUGCGGCACCUACUUCCGAAAUGGACCUGGCAAGUUCCAGGAAGGGCAGAGUAAGGUAGUUCACGAGCUCGAUGGCGAUGGGUUCGUCUUGGCUCUUACCUUCCAGGAUGGGCGCGUCUGCGUCCGACAUCGGCUCGUUCAGACGCAGGGCUUGCUCAGAGACAAGUUCGCCAAGCGGAUCUUUGCCAAAGGCUACUAUGGCACACCUCCUGCUGAGGGAGGCACUGCCCUAGAUCCCCGCAAGGGCUUCCCCAAGCACACGGCCAACGCAGGCAUGAUCUUCUGGGAAGAGCAGCUCCUGGCCGUCGGGACAGCGGGCGCCACGAAACCUUACAUGAUCGACCCCGCCACUUUGGGCACCGUGCUGGGGAAUGAGGACGAGGGCUCCUGGAAUCUGGACGGAGCCUUGGACAGCGAGACCGGCUUUGGCUCCUGUCCAAAGGUUUGUGGCACGGAGGGCUGCCUGAGCUUCAUCGAUCAGACGCCCUCGCUGGCUUCGACGACGGUGAAGUACCUGGAGUUCGCCCCCGGAGCUUGGAGGCCCCGGUACCCGAAACCCCGCGAGUUCUCGGUGGGUGGCUUCACGCGCUUUGCCGACUUCGCCAUCACGCCCAAGUGGCUGGUCCUUGCCAAGCCGCCACUGAAGGCGGAUGGCCUUGGCGCGGCCUUCGGCAAGACCUUUGCGGAGGUGCUGGAGUUCGAUCCCUCGGGCGCCGGGGAGCUCAUCUUUGCCACGCGCCUGCGCCGGGACGAGCAGGAGAUCACGGUUCCCGUGGACUCCUUGGUCUGUGAGGAGUUUGCUAACGCCUUCGAGGACGGUGGUGCGCGCAUCGUAGUGGACAUGGUGGCUGCCACACGCUGGGAGCUUGGCAGCAGCGAUGCUGCAAGACCGCGCUGGGAGGACCAGGAUCCCUGCAACAUGCCCAAGCGCUCGCUCGUGCGCUAUGAGGUGGACCUCAAGACCAAAAGCUUCACGAAGCGGAGCCUCUGUGACCGACAUCUGGGCUUCGUCUCAGUGAACCCAUCCCUGAACGGCAAGAAACAUCAGUUUGUCUAUGCUGCUGUGGCGCAUGGCGAUGUGGGCCCCUAUGGCGGAGUUGCCAAGAUCGACGUGGAGACUGGCGAGGUUGAUGAGUGGUUAGGAGGAACUUCCGAAUUCGUGGGAGAGCCUCUGUUCGUUCCCAAAGAAGGCCUCGAUGGAGAGGAGGAUGGGUACCUGAUUUCAGUUAGCUUCAAUGGAAAGGAGGACAAGAGCUCUGUCCUCAUUUUCGAUGCAAAGGACAUCUCGCAGGGGCCUGUGUGUCAGAUCCCUCUUGAGCAGUCAGCAGUCCCUUAUGGGCUCAAAGCUUGCUGGGUGCCUGAUGUGACCUACACGCCUGAGGAGAUGAAGAGGAAGACGACCUUACUUAGGAUGUUUGUCAAAAAGUCCACUGAGUGGAACGCCAUGGAGAUGGGCUUCUCAUCUUUCGGAGGGCAGGCGCUCUUCCAGAAGCAGGGGGUCAAGAUGCGGUGA